AUGACAUCUUCUAUCUCUUUCGUCAUAUUUUUCUGUUUAAUAUGUUCUAUUGAAACAACAAUAGGACCUGGUAGUCGUAAAGUACCAGCUCGUGCAGCAGAAAAAGUUGUAUCAACACCAUCACCGGCUGCUCAAUCAUUGCCGCCUACAGCACCAUUUGAAGCAUUUCCACCGGCAAAAACGAAUGCUUUACAACGUCGUCUUGUAGAAGAAAAUAUUAAUCCUCAAAUAAUUCUUGAAACUCAUGAAUCCUAUUGUGCAACAUGUACAGAAACUCGUGAAUUUAAUAAUCCAUCACUUGUUUAUGUAACACCAUGGAAUUCUCAUGGUUAUGAUAUAGCAAAAAUGUUUACAAAAAAAUUUGAUUAUAUUGCACCUGUAUGGUUAAGUGUAAAACGAGCAGGUUUCGAAAAAUAUAUUAUUGAAGGUACACAAGAUAUUGAUAAAAAAUGGAUUGAAACAUUAAAAGAAAAUAAUCCGAAAAUACGUAUUGUACCACGUGUUAUAUUUGAAAAAUUUUCUGUUGAUGAUAUUCAUGCAUUAUUUGAAUCCGAAGAUGAAAAACAACAAUUAGCAACAACAUUUGCUAAAUUUCUUAUUGAACAUAAAGAUUUAUUUGAUGGUUAUGUUAUUGAAAUACUUAUGCAAUUUCGUGGUACAUCAAAACCAACACUUAAUCAUAUUAUUAGUCAUAUUGCUGAACAUAUUCAUGAAAUAAAUGAUAAUGAUAAAAAGAAAGAAAUUAUUUUAGCAAUACCACCAUAUGAUGAAAUAUUUGAUAAGAAUGAUUUUGAAAUGUUAUAUGAACAUUUAGAUGGUUUUAGUGUUAUGACAUAUGAUUUUCCAAAUAGAGAGCCAGGACCAGUUGCUCCAUUAGAAUGGGUUGAAUCAACAAUGGAAAAAUUUUCUAAACCUGAGAAUGAAGGUCGAAUCAAAGUAUUUCUUGGUCUUAAUUUUUAUGGAUAUCGUUAUGAUCGAGCUGGUUCAGCAGUAAAAAAAGAUCAACAACAACAAUAUGGUAUGAAACCUAUUGUUGGUCGUGAUUAUAUUGAUUUUCUUAAAAAAAACUAUGCAACAUCAGCAAUUAUUUAUGAUCCGCGUGUACGUGAACAUAUUACUGUUAUACAAGUACGUCCCACAAAACAACAACAACAUCCAUUACCUGAAACAAUUAUUUUUUAUCCAAGUUUGAAAUCAAUUUAUGAACGAUUAGAAUUAGCCACCAAACUUAAUGUUGGUAUUGCUAUUUGGGAUGGUGGUCAAGGACUCGAUUAUUUUUAUGAUUUAUUGUGA